AUAUAAUUUAGAAUAUACAAGCGUCCACUUGAUAUUUUUGAUCUGUCAACUUAUCUGUCAAAAUUUUAAAGAAUGGGAAAGUUCUGUAUUUGCAGUUGUUUCUUAACUCAAAACAUUUUUGUGAGAAUUUUAAACUGUCACGUCGAAUACACAUGUAAAGCACAGUUCCUCCAGAUGUAUCAUCAGAUGUUGGCUGAAAAAAGUCAAAGUGAUUUGGAACAAAUUAUUCUUCAGAUUAGCAAUGAGAUUUCAAGGAGAAAGAAUCUGUUUUCUGAUUCGUUAGAGAGAAAGAGUUUGAUUCAACAACAGUAUCACAACCUUCAUCCACACAUUUUUACAUUAAAGGAGUCAUUCCUGGCCCCCCAGUUUCUUCAGCUGGUGAACUACUGUAGGCAGGAGGAUGCAACAUUUGAGGGAGUAUUCCAUCUCAUCAACGAAACAAAUAUCGAAAGGACGUACACAUUCCCUGUUUUUACAGAGGAGUUCUGCAAAGAGUUUCUUGAAGAAAUUUUACACUUUGAAGACAGCAGUUUGCCGAAAGGUCGACCAAAUACAAUGAAUAAUCAUGGCGUUCUCCUGGAAGAGCUUGGGUUUGAUGGGUUUAUAACUGAACUCCGGGAACGCUACCUUGGGCCAGUGUGCCAUUUGCUUUACCCAGACUGGUGUUGGGCCGGACUGGACUCCCACAAGGCCUUCAUUGUCCAGUACAGUGAGGGUGGGGACGUAGACCUGGCCUAUCACUAUGACAAUGCAGAGGUCACACUGAAUGUAGCCUUGUCUCCUGAGGGGUCAUACAAGGGAGGUGACUUGUUCUUUGGUGCAAUGAAAAAUGAGUUUGACAAUGAGAGACUUUGGAAAUCUUACAGGCAUGUUCCCUGCUUUGGCAUUCUUCACCGGGGUCAACACCGACAUGGAGCGUAUCCAAUAGAAACAGGAUCCAGGUACAAUAUGAUUAUGUGGAUGCGCUCUUCCAGCGUGAGAAACAAGAAGUGCCCUAUGUGUGGUAGUGUCCCUGACUUGGUGGAAGUAGAUGGGUAUGGGGACGGCUUUACAUCACAAACUGUGGAUGUGUGCUCACUGACUUGAUAAAAUAUUACUUUAAUUAUUAAAUUGACAAAUAAUAUUUGUUCGAUGAGCUUGUGGUUUCCGUUGCUUUCAUCUAAAUAAAUGUUUGAUGCUUGUGUUCCAAAAUGAAAUAUAGUUUCUCUCAAUCCAACUAGCAUGGUAUUAUGUCAUUAGAUGUAAAAGUAAGUACUUUGUAUAUGCCAUUUAAAAAACUUUCGAGCAGAUCUUUAUCAUAUCCAUUA